GUCAACUUUGCGGCAGUUGUUGUAAGAGUCUUUUCAAAGGCUCUCCGUCUCUCUUUGCCCCUUUUUAUGUUUGUCCUUGAAGGCUCAAAAGGCUAUCUUCCUUUUCCCCGUCUUCUUCCUCUUCUCUUCACAUUCAUUUGAGACCCUCUUAAUAAGGGAAGUGAAGGAGGGGUGCUCUGAAGCUGGCUGCUUCCUGCAUUUCCGUUCCCAUGGCUUGCAAAAUCUCAGAUUCCAUGUUCCUUUGCUUAGUAUGUUCUGUUUUAUCAAUCUGUAAAAAAAUGUAUGCUUUCUUUGUUUUCACUUCUAAAUUUCGUUCCUUACUGGUUUGAUUUUCAGGGUACUAGUCAAAGGCCAAUUAGGAGUCAAAGAAUUACUACUCAUUCUUCUCCAGCAACUAUCUGUCAUUUGAAGUGGGACAACCUUCUCCUCAAGGGAAUUAAUCAUAAAAAGGGUUUAAGUCCCUUGAGAAGGACUAAAGUCAUACAAGCUGUGGCAGUUCCAGCGACAGCAUCUUCAGCAGACAGUGCUGAGUACAGAAAACAGUUAGCAGAAAGAUAUGGAUUCAGGCAAAUUGGAGAACCGCUUCCUGAUAAUGUUACAUUAAAGGAUGUUAUAGACACCCUUCCAAAAAAGGUGUUUGAGAUUGAUGAUGUGAAAGCAUGGACUUCAGUUUUAAUAUCUGCCACUUCCUAUGCAUUGGGGAUCUACAUGAUUUCAAAAGCCCCAUGGUGUAUGCUUCCUUUGGCUUGGGCAUGGACAGGGACAGCAAUAACUGGGUUCUUUGUUAUAGGCCAUGAUUGUGCUCACAAAUCAUUUUCGAAAAACAAAUUAUUGGAAGACAUUGUGGGAACUUUGGCCUUUCUACCACUAAUAUACCCAUAUGAGCCAUGGCGGUUUAAGCAUGACCGGCAUCAUGCAAAGACAAACAUGCUAUCUGAAGAUACUGCAUGGCACCCAGUUUGGGCAGAAGAGUUUGAGACUUCUCCUUUUUUACGCAAGGCUAUUAUCUUUGGUUAUGGCCCAUUUCGGCCUUGGAUGUCCAUAGCUCACUGGUUGAUCUGGCACUUCGAUGUAAACAAGUUCAGACCAAACGAAGUCAAAAGGGUGAAGAUCAGCUUGGCUUGCGUUUUUGCAUUUAUGGCAAUUGGAUGGCCAUUGAUCAUCUAUAAGACAGGAAUUAUGGGAUGGAUGAAGUUUUGGCUAAUGCCAUGGUUGGGCUAUCACUUUUGGAUGAGUACUUUCACAAUGGUGCAUCACACUGCUCCUUAUAUACCCUUCAAAUCUUCAGAUGAAUGGAAUGCAGCUCGGGCUCAGCUGAAUGGAACAGUGCAUUGUGAUUACCCUCGUUGGGUUGAGAUCCUCUGCCAUGAUAUCAAUGUCCACAUUCCCCAUCAUAUUUCUUCGAGGAUACCAAGCUAUAAUCUACGAGCAGCCCAUAUGUCUAUUAAAGAGACUUGGGGACCGUAUCUGAACGAGGCUAAAUGGAAUUGGCGUUUGAUGAAGACAAUAAUGACAGUGUGCCAUGUUUACAAUAAGGAGCAAAAUUACAUUGCUUUUGAUGAACUUGCCCCUGAAGAAUCUUCUCCAAUUAUAUUUCUCAAAAGAGUAAUGCCUGAUUACGCUUGAUUAUUUAAACACUUUGUCGUCCAUCGGUUUUUUGGUUCUUCCUUAUCUGUUAGCCUUCUCUUUUGGGUCAAAUUAGUUAUGCUAUUCCAGUUUCACAAGUGUUCAUUGGAAUGGUGAAUCAUUCUUUUUUUAGACAUUUCUUAUUUGACAGAAGAAAGUACUAUAGAGGAAGUUUCCUGGGAAAUUUCUGUUGAUUUUAGCUGCCAAUGUUGGAUCUUGAAUAUAGGAAUUUGUUAUGGUUAAAGAACUGGAUCCUGAAAAAAUGAUUCCUAUUGAACUAUCAGACCUUACAGUAUCUUUGCUGUAAAAUGAUUUUGUGAAUUGUUUUCUCAUUUCUGGCUAAAUUGACCCCAUCUGUCAGCACUUAGAUUAAAAAAUACUGAAGUGUAGAAAAACAUCAACGAUCUGGGUGACAUUGGUUGGCACCAGUAGUCAUUAUGGCUGACAAUGAUUUUAUAUGCUCCUGACAUUUGAGCUUUAAGUGUCAACUAAUUGCAAACCUAAUCUUAGUUGCCAUAUUUUAAUAUUCCCCUCUGUAGGGCUAUUAGAAUUGGGAUCUAUUCCCAGAUUAGGAUAUUAGCCAUGAUAAACGUUGGAGAUCUAGUUGAAUCAGUAUUACAGGACUGAGCAAGAAAUGCGGUCUGGAACUUACAACUGUUGGAUGGACCAGAAGACUAGUAAAAGGCAGGAAGCCGAGUUUGUU